AUCCGCUCAAGCGGGCGCUGUGCGUCAGUGCUGCAUCGGCACGAUCGCAGUUCUCUUCAAAAAUGAGAACAAAUCAUGCCAAAAUGUAAAUUUCAACCUUAUCUUAUAUUAAUUUUCUUCUUAGACAUAAGUAACUUGAGAACAUUUGCAAUACAAAGAGAUGAAAUUGGCACUGAAAAUCAGAAAUUGUACAAAAAAUACUGUCUCGGGCAAUAUCCCCUUUGGAAAAACUGUUCGAAAAUUCGUCAGAGCGCAAACGAAAAAUCAGGCAAAAUACAAUUUGACCUACUUAACGGCAGAAACACAAAAAAUGAGCGCCAAAAGGACUAUGGUCCUACUAAUAUUUUAGCAUCAAACUUGGCUACCCCACCAUUCGAGCCCCAGAGAAUGGCAAAGCAGCAGCAGCGUCGAAGACGCACAUCGGCCCCUCCAAGGUUUAGUCCAAAAGGUUCUGGAAGGAGAAGGUCAACUCUUCCACAAAACCAGGAGUCCAAUAAUAGGUGGCGCCGCCAAACUAUGCCUGAUUUGAUGAAUUUUCCAACAGCAUCCACUACAAGUACUGCCGGGACGACCACAACUGCUCGACCAAUGACGCCUAAAGCGUCUAUAAACCCGGUGUUUAAUAAGCCUCUGCGAACUCCAAAAAAGAAAGGCAUCCAAUGGAAUAAAAUUAUUAAAGGCGUAAAGGACAAGCACAAGGGAAAGGCAUCUAGCAGCAGAAGCACGGCCGAGGGGGACGAGAGUUCCACAACACCGUCAAAUAGAGAGGAUGUCGAGGUUGACGUCACAAUGCCAGACUCGACUGCCUCUAGUGAUGAACGCAGAACCAGCAGAGGAACAUCAUCAUCUAUAUCAGACUCAGAGGCUUUGUCAGGUGUCACAAACAUAAUGGAAUUUUAUGGAGUAGAGCGCCUGGCCGACGCUGGCAGUAUCUCCACUACCCCAAAGUCAACGGGAUCAGAUGAAGAGUCCACACCUAUAAAUUCUGCGAGCAGGUCUGCAAGGGCAACAACAGCAAGUGCUGAUGAAGAGGAUGGUGAGGAUGGAGAAGAUGAUGAAGACGCGGAGGAUGAGGAGACGACGACAAAAAGUUCAUCUAAGGACAAAAAUAAAGAUAAGGUAGAUACUGUAACAACGCCAGUGCAAAAUGAAGCGGCUGAACAAAAUGAGAUGCGCACGACACAGCUGUCGCCCUAUACAAGCCUAAGUCGCACUACCCCAUCAUCAACAGUUGAAAAUCGUGUGGGUGAUGAAACGGAGAAACCAGAAAGAGAAAAAACACAACAGUCGCCUGCUACAAACCCAAGUCGCACCACAUCUUCAUCAACAUCGGAAAGCCGCUAUGAAGAAACAGAGAAACCGGAAAAAGUGAAAAAAUCAGAAACAACUAAAAGUGAGCCAUCAGAGACAGUGAGUGUGCAAAUCAGCAAACCUGAAACUGAAGGAGACAUAGAAACUACAUCGGCAAUUACGUCACCCACUAACUUGAAAGACAAAAAAUCUGAAGUCGGCAUGAUGACUCAAUCAACGUCGACAGCUAAAGUGGACAAAGAGGGUGGUAAAGAUAACAGCGUAGAUAACAAAGAGGGAUCGGCAACAAAUAGCAACGCUAAGUUGGGGGAGACAACGUCUGAAAAACCUAAAGACAAAAUGAUCAGUACUGCAAUAGAUGAAGAACAAAUGAAUGAUUCUUCAAAGGCCAGUGUGAAGACAACAGUAGAUGACUCAAUUUUUUCAAAGGUAGCAGCUAAAAAUUCUUCAGAUGGAGAUAGCAAUAAAAAAGAGGAUUCAAGCACUAAAGAGGGUAUCACAAAAGAGGAUGAAAAGAAAGAAUUGGAAAAUAAUAAAAAGGAAGAAAAUAACAAGCAGGACAGCAAAAAGGAGGAUGAAAAAAAAGAUGAGACCAAGAAAAUGGAAAGUAACACAACAACGGUGGAUCCUAGUGAAGAGGAUACAAGCGACGAUGAAGAGGAGGGCAAUGGGGAAGAAACAGACCCAGAGGAUGAAGAAGAAGUAACAACAAAUAAAAAUCAAGCUGAUUCUAAAGUUGUUAGAACCUCCAAUGCUCCAGAAAAUUCAGCCAAGGCUCCAUCGACGGCUGCUUCAGAUGCUCUUGAUGAGUGAAUAUGCACAUGUUUUACAUAAUAAAAAUAAAAUUUAAUUAAAUAAAGCAAA